AUGGACAGCCAACAGCAAGCACAGCAGCCCCAGAUUCAACCUUGUAGAUACAAGGUUGGAAAGACACUCGGGGCUGGCUCUUAUUCCGUCGUGAAGGAAUGCGUUCAUAUCGAUACCGGUCGAUACUAUGCUGCCAAGGUUAUCAAUAAGCGGCUCAUGGCGGGACGAGAGCACAUGGUUCGCAAUGAAAUUGCUGUCCUCAAGAAAGUGUCUAUGGGCCACCAGAACAUCUUGACAUUGGUCGACUACUUCGAGACGAUGAACAACCUCUAUCUAGUUACCGACCUCGCUCUGGGCGGUGAGCUGUUUGACCGAAUCUGUCGCAAGGGAUCUUACUUUGAAUCCGACGCCGCGGACCUUGUGCGCGCGACCCUUUCCGCAGUCGCCUACCUACACGACCACGGCAUUGUCCACCGUGACCUCAAGCCAGAAAAUCUUCUGUUCCGAACGCCUGAAGACAACGCAGACCUUCUCAUCGCUGACUUCGGCCUCUCCCGCAUCAUGGACGAAGAGAAAUUCCACGUCCUCACCACCACCUGCGGCACACCAGGAUACAUGGCGCCCGAAAUCUUCAAAAAGACUGGCCACGGCAAGCCCGUUGACCUCUGGGCCCUCGGAGUCAUCACCUACUUCCUCCUCUGCGGCUACACGCCCUUUGACCGCGACUCCGACUUUGAAGAAAUGCAGGCCAUCCUCAACGCCGACUACAGCUUCACCCCCAUAGAAUACUGGCGCGGCGUCUCCAGCCACGCCAAGGACUUUAUCCGGCGCUGCCUCACCAUCGAUCACACCAAGCGCAUAACCGCCCACGAAGCCCUGCAGCACCCCUUCGUCGCAGCAGAACAGCCCACAGACGGCGCAGGCGAGAACCUCCUCCCCACCAUCAAGAAGAACUUCAACGCCCGCCGCACCCUCCACGCAGCCAUCGACACCGUCCGCGCCAUCAACAAGCUCCGCGAGGCGCAGAACCUCAUGGACGGCGCUCGCUCCAAGGAACCCGACCGUGGCGCCAGCCCCCGCAGCCAGGGCAACGGCAACCGCAAAGACGACAGCGGCGUCUCGUUUGGCAAAGAAGACUCCGGUUACGGCACUCAAAUCGAUGCAGAUGUCGUCAUGGGAAAUACCCCUGCCGUACCAACUAUCAGCAGCGUUCCAGCCUCCCUACAACCAGGUCACCAAGCAAACAAGGUCAUUCAAACAAGUAAAGGUCUCUGGAGCGCCGCCACAUCAAACAGGUAG